AAAGAAGAGCCUCCCUUUUCACCUUCCCCCAAACCCGAAAAAAAAAAAAAAAAUCCCCCACAUCGCAGGUUAGGGUUUCCGAACCUAACAAGCGGCGAUGCCGAAGAACAAGGGGAAGGGAGGCAAGAACCGGAAGCGAGGCAAGAACGAGGCCGACGACGAGAAGCGCGAGCUCAUCUUCAAAGAGGACGGCCAGGAGUACGCCCAGGUCCUGCGCAUGCUCGGCAACGGUCGGUGCGAGGCGAUGUGCAUCGACGGCACGAAGCGGCUCUGCCACAUCCGGGGCAAGAUGCACAAGAAGGUCUGGCAUCGCCGCGGCGCAGGCGUCGUCCUCGUCGGCCUCCGCGAUUACCAGGACGACAAGGCCGACGUCAUCCUCAAGUACAUGCCUGACGAGGCCAGGCUCCUCAAGGCUUACGGGGAGCUGCCGGAGAGCACGAGGCUGAACGAGGGGAUCCCCGGCGGGAUCGACGAGGAGGACGAGGGGGCCGCUGAUGAUUACGUCGAGUUCGAGGACGAGGACAUCGACAGGAUCUAGGCGAGGACGACCGCAAGGCCAGAGCCGAGAGCUUUAGAUUUUGGUAUUAUUGCUGUCGCUGCUUUUACUUUUUAUUUUUUUUAUUUGAUAUAUUACUGCUUUGACGAUGCCUGGAUAAUUAUGUUUCUCUUAAUUCAGUGUUAUGUGGUCUGUGUUUGGGAGUCAUUGGAAUCAUUGCCCAGGGUUUUUUGUUUGUUGAUAGUUUGGUAUGUAGUUAACCGUGAUCGUUUGGAAUUUAGGGUUUCAUUAUUGUGCUA